AAAGUCCCAACUCAACACGCCGCCGCCGCCGUCGCCGCCGUAGCCAAGGAACCCUAGCGUGUUGAUGGCAUCGACGGAGGAGCAAGGCUUCCUUGCAUCGAGGAACCUUUCGUAUCACGGCGCUCACCACCCCGACGCUUGCGCCGAUCGGGAUUACCCGGAAGACCCAGGCGACCGGCAAAAGGGGGUGGAGGUUGCCGAGCUCCAUGACCAGCCGGCGCGCAUGAGCACUUCAGAUUCAGAUCCAUGUGAAAUCGCCAGGCGUGCCUUGGACCUCAUGUUCCCGCCGGAGGAGGACAGCGACGACGGCUGGAGCACCUGGAGCGCACGGGAGGAGGGCAGUGAUUAUGACGACGACGUUGAUGAUGGACAGGCAGGGGAAGGAGUCGAUGACUGUAGCACACAGGAGGGCAGCGAUUAUGAAGAAGAAGAAGACGACGGUAAUGCCCAAGUGACACAGGUAGCCGAGACAAACUGUCCAGGAAAGUUCUACCCCGAGAGCGAACCAGAGGCCAUAGAUAGCAGAUGGGCAUAUAGUUACUCCAAACGGAUUAAAGAAUACUCGAAGCUGUGCGAGGAGAUUAUGGCUCUGGGAGAUGACGAUCAUACUCUUUUCCCCCCCUAUCCCAUGAGGGUGCUCCCUGACGCAACAGGUGUAUGCAUCCUUGGGGCCAAAUCCUGCUACCACCGUGUCUACAAGACCCAUGACACUUCUACCACCCCAUCAACUCUUGGAAAGCGCACACCAAGUAAUAUGCUACAAUUAUUCUCCAUGCGUCUAUCAAUCUUUGAACCCACGUAUCCCAUUAGUCUGUAUGGAAUAUUCGCCGUUCGGGAUUACUUGGACCCGCGACGGAACUACGUCUUUAACCGUCCCAGGGAUGACGCUGUCACGAUUGAUAAACAGGAUUCCUUUGUCAUGCCACUUUGUAGCCCUUGUCGAGGAAUGUAUAUAUUGGAUCAGGCUUUAGUAGAAGUUGAUCUUUGGGUAAAGAAGGAAGGGGAUGAAUCAGAUGACAAGCAACUACUUUCUGCAUAUGCUGAUAUUGAAAUCCGGAAUGAAACUGAUAUGAUGUUUUAUGAACGGAUUUCUGGUGAUAAUUGCAAUUUGGACUUGAAAUAUGAAGUCCUUUCCAAAAGUGUUGAGGCUGUAAUACAAGUAUAUGCAAAGGUUGACCAUCCUCACCACGUGAGGUUCACUGCUUUUAGCACCGAAUAUGAUGACCAUCCUCAUCGUGGAGUUGUGCUGUUUGACGACAAAUUAUUUGGGAAAGAAAAACUAUUCCAGCAUAUUGUCGCGGUGAAAGAAAAUGAAGAGCUGGAUGUCAUUUUAGAAGUGGGCGAUUCAAUGUUCAAGUGGACAUUUCAAGAUGAAUGCAUCGGAGCUGUUGUUUCUCCCGAUGACUCAAUCUUGGACUAUGGACAGUUCUUCGUGAGGGUGUUGUUUGCUCCAAAGGAUUGUAAGUGAAGCUCAGCUCCAACAUUCUGACAGUGUCGCCAUUGGCUGAAAGCCUGAAGCUCAUGAAAUAAAGUGCUGUUGCUUUUCUUCAUCGUGUAUAAAUGAGUUACAGUUAAAUUUAUCUUUUUCAGCCCUCUUAGGCAGACAUCAAAAGUACUAUAUUUUUGUAGCCUUAAACUCAUGAAAACAAGAGAAAAAGGUUGACUUUUAUGUGGCCUAUCUUUGAAUAUGACUGCUGGAAACCUGAACAUGUACAGGUCCAUUUCCUCUGUUA